UCAGGAUUAAUUGUGAAUUUUUUCUUGCUUACUAAUUUGGAACUACUAAGUUGUACUGAAGGGUUAGCUGCUCUACAGGUAUCCAUGUUCAGCUGAAUGUCUGUCUAAUGUGUUUAGUAUGACAGGACAUGGAAACCAGGAGACCACUCAGUUCUUCAGCCUCCUCUGAAGCACUUGAUUUAUGGAACCAUAGCUCUGAAUACAACUAUUUUAUCUACGAAGGAGAGGGACCAGAAACAGGUGGAAAAGUGCUUUUCAUGGCCAGGCUCUUCAUUGGCGUGACCCUGGCAUGUGUAAUGCUCAUCUGUGGGUUUGGAAAUCUUAUCUUCAUCCUGACCUUGGCCAUGAAGAAGAAGCUACGCAGCGUCACUAACAUUCUCAUUGCCAAUCUGGCCGUGUCUGACCUGCUCGUGGCUGUAGUUUGCUGCCCUUUUGAAAUGGAUUAUUAUGUGGUACGUGAACAGUCAUGGACUUUUGGCCAUGUGAUUUGCUCGUCUGUCAGCUAUUUGAGGAUGGUGUCUCUCUAUGUCUCCACCAAUGCCCUCUUGGCUAUCGCUGUAGAUAGGUACCUUGUUAUUAUACACCCCCUGCAGCCUCGUGUAACGUUGCGGACAGCUUGCGGAGUUCUUCUCACCAUUUGGCUCACCUCUAUCUUUGUUGCAGCUCCCACAGCUUACUUUGCCACAGAAACAGAUUUUGAUGCUCCACGUGAGCCUGGCGGGAAGGUCUUCUGUGGUCAAAUCUGGCCAGCUGAUAGGGCGCUGCUCUAUAAGUCAUACUCCCUCUUUCUGCUGGCUGUCGAGUUCUUAGCUCCAGUGAUAAUCAUGAGUCUGUGCUACAUUCGGAUAUGCCACGAGCUUUGGUUCAAAAACCUACCUGGCGUCCAAACAAAGCAGCUGCGAGAGCGCCUGCAGUCACGGAGAAAGACUGUGUUGGUGCUUGUGGCUGUGCUUUUGGCCUAUGUUUUCUGUUGGUCGCCAUUUUAUGGCUAUGCCAUUGUUAGGGAUUUUUACCCAGGUCUGUUGUUGAAGGAAAGGCAUGCUAUUGCGCUCUACUACAUAGUGGAAUGCAUUGCCAUCAGCAACAGUAUUAUUAACACUCUUUUCUUUGUCACAGUAAAAAAUUGGCCCUGGUUUUGUUUAAAAGGAAAAUGUGAAAGAUAUAUUAUAUUCCAGGGAUGUACAACAGCUGUCCAACCUACCGCUGUGUAA